AUGGGUGCCAAUAUUCAGCCUGAUUUCGAAUGGAAGGAGACGAGCCCCGGGCGGUGGGAGCGUGACAUCGACGAAGCCGAACAGUUCUACGCAUCUUUGGCAAAGAACUACGAAGGCAGUGGCCGCACCUUCUUCGCCAUGACGGGCUUCAUCUCGCUCUCAAUCGAUAUCCCCGAAGACACUACCCGUCCAAUCAUCGAGGAGAGACUUAUCGAGGCCCUCCGCAGCGCAUGGCUCGCACUCCGCUACGACCACCCAACCAUUGCCUCAUGGGUAGAGUAUGACCGUGUCCAAAAGAAAUGCAAGAAGGUCUACGUGACGUUCCCCGCAAGUGCGCUCGAAAGCCAGCAGAGGCACUGGCUCGAACGAACCUUCUGCAUCAUCUCCGACGGCCGAACCGGACAUGAGUGGUGCAACUCCGACCCGCCCGUCCCUCACCAGCCAACGCUUUUCCUCCUCACUCCUCCCUCUUCCGAAGACAAAGGACGCGUGCUGCGCCGCGACCUCAUCCUCCGCGCCCAUCACGACAUCAUCGACGGCAUCGGCACUCUCCACCUCCUCAACAACCUCCUCGCCCACGCUGCUCGCGCCUACGCCGAUGGCCCCUCCCCCUACCCGCCUCCGUCCUUUGGCACCGAGUGGCAGAACCUCAGCCCACCCCUGCACCAAGCCGCGAACAUCCCUCCGUCCCCGACCCCCGAGCAAAUCGCCCGCCUCGCCCGCGACACCGCCCAGAACAACGCACUCAAACAAUCAGGCGAUGCCGUCGAGCUCCUCACCGUCCCCUUCAAGCGCGGCACACAUCUGCCAGGCAAGCACCAGCGCGUCGCCCGCACACUCCGCGACGACCGCUCGUCCCUGAGCCUCCUCGCCGCCUGCCGCGCGCGCGGCGUGACCGUCACGCACGCCUACCACGCCGCCAUCGCCAUGUGCGUGCGCGACCUGCAGGAGCGCAUCAACCCGGCCGCACGUCGCGUACGCUACGUCAACUACUGCCUGGUUGACUUGCGCAAGCGCUGCCAGCCUCCCUUCAACACUGCGCGCCAUGCCGCGUCCGUGUACCACUGCACCUCGGGAAGGGGCCUCGCGAUUGAUCUAGACGUGCCGGGGGCGGCGGCGGCUUCCACUGCAGGUCAUAUCGCCGCGACGCCUGCGGAUGGCGUGAAAAUGGAGGAUGUUGAGGUCGCCGCCGACAGUGACGCGGCGCAGGCAUCGUCGAUGCGGCGCAGAGAGGAGUUCGACCGCGUCGUGCGGGAGAUGCGCGACUUCUACCUCUCCGUGCGCGACGACCCGGACCUCCUGGGCAUGUCCCCGCUGUACUGGUCGCUGGGGACCCUGCCGUAUCCAGAGGACGGCGCGACGCUCCCCGUGCCGCCGCCGAACGAGUCGCCGUCCGUGUCGAUUUCGAGCAUGGGCGUCAUCGAUAAGAUCAUAUCGCCGACGCAUGGCCCGUUCGAGCUAAGUGAUCCCUGGGUUACGGGCGAGGAACUGGGGACCGGGCUGGGGCUGUUCCUGGGGACGUGGAGGGGUCAGUUGAGUUUGAGUGCGGCGUAUAAUGAUGCGUGGCACGAGAAGGAGGAUGUGUUGAAGUUCUUGCAGGAUUGCGAAGACACUGUCUUCCACGGACUGGGGAUCUAA